UUUGCAACAGCAGCAGGACUACGAAGUAUAUCAUUGAUGAUGUUAUCCACAAGUUCUGCCACCUCAGUCCGCCGUAGUCGGAGAACAGUUGCAUGUCAAACAUGUCGCAAACGCAAAGUACGUUGCAGCUUGAAUGUCACCGGUGUGCCUUGCAUUGGCUGCACCCAGGAUCGUACCGAGUGUAUAGUUAAUGCAAGGCGAGGAAUGAAACCUGAGCGACAUGAUGGCCCUGUUUCCCUGGCAGACCCUCAGAGUUCCUGCCACUCUACGAUCCAGCCGUAUUCACAAAGCCCCAUAACGCGUAGAGCGGAAUUUGCAGCAUUCCAAAUCCAGUCGCAGCAACAUACACCUACAGCCACAGAGUCUGCUACAGCUCACGAACUGCAUAAUAUUGAGGAUGAAGAAAGAAACGGUAAUGAAAUUGCGGAAGCCGCAUUAGGGCAACCGCGAAGAGCGGGCGAAGUACCUUUCUAUACAGGAGACGGAACCGGUCCUGCAUCUACCUUGGAUAUUUGUUCACCGGAUCAGUCUUUGCCAAGGCACUUCCUGAUCCCGUCAAAUAACCACGCCACUCAGACAGAGGACGAUCGGAUAUAUCUCCAAAAGAAAGGCGUUUACACUUUGCCUAAGCCUGACACUUGUGAGGGCCUUAUCCGCGCGUAUUUCUAUCAUGUACAUCCAAUCAUGCCCGUGCUUGAAAUGGCCACUAUCUUGAAAUAUGAGCAACAAGAGCAGCUCGGUGACAGCAAUGUUCUUCUGCUAUGGAGUGUGUUUUUCGUUGCGGUGAAUUUUGUGCCACAGCAUUUAUAUGAGCAAGAAGGGUACGUGUCUCGAAAGGAAAUGAAAGCCACGAUGUACUCGCGGGCAAAGUGCAUGUACGACAAUGGCGGAGAAAGAAACAAGGUCACUCUUCUGCAAGCCUCGUUACUACUAGGCUUUUGGCACUCAGAGCAAGAUGACCACAUGCAACCUUGGUAUUGGACAGGGAUUGCAAUCAAUCUCUGUCAGAUGCUGGGCUUACAUCGAGAUCCAGAUUCGCUGAGGUAUAACUCAGCUAUCACAGAUCAUCAGAGACGUUUAUGGCGCCGUCUGUGGUGGACCUGCGUUUUUCGGGAUCGUUGGCUGGGUCUGACUCUUGGAAGACCCUUGCGGAUCAACUUAGAUGAUUCUGACCUGCCGAUGCCAGUGACCGCCGACCUGCUCGGCGAAUUUGACGACAUACCUGAAGCGGGCCUCACUUCCUAUUUUCCCCAGGACUUCCCGAAAUUAGCAGAGUACUGGCUUAUUCUGAUCGAACUGAGCCUGCUCUUGGGUAAGGUUCUGGCUCUGAAAAACAAACCUGUGAAGGCGAGGCCCCCUAUCCAUCAGAUUGAUGCUCUCGAAGCGCAGAUUAUCCGAUGCAGGUUGCCAGACCAGGAUGAAGCUGGUUUGACCCCUCUGGCAAGAUUUUAUGCACAUCAUGUUCAUUUGCAUUAUCAAUCGCUUUUGAUUACACUCUACCGCCCCUCCGGACGCGAAUAUUCGGAAGGAUUCGUCCAAAACCAACAAAGGGCUGAACAGCGAUGCCUGCAGUUGAAAGUCGACGCUGCUGCGUCAAAGACUCAUGAGAUAUUGGAUGUUCUUACUCGGGAGAGCUUGCUUGAAUACGCCGGUCCCAUGACGCCCGCUCUCUUGGUCCCGGCGAUGCAAACCCAUCUGUUCAACUGCAAAUAUGCCAGUCCGCUUUUAAAACGGUUCAGCUUCAACAAGCUCGACAUGUGUAUGGGCGUCAUGGAAGAAUUCCAGAAGACAUAUACCGUUGCAUCCAUAUAUCGUGGACUUUUCAUGAAAGCGCUACAGCAUAUCUUUCCAACCUAUGUCGCGGGUUCAACCCUGUCACAUCACUCUCUUGAUUCUGCUGGUGCUAGCUUUGUUGACUCUCAUUCGGAUACUGCCCCUGUUGCAACAACGAACGAUGCAUUUCACCAGUUGGUAAAUGACAAGACUGGAUCGAUACCAGAUUUCAUCGACGCGCUGAUAGAUCAGACCUCGAUCUUUGAUUUUUGGGAGAUACGGAGUGAAACAUAGCAUGGAUGAAUGCCAUAUGUAUGAAGUCUCAACUGAUAUGUCUGCCGUUGCAUCUUUGCCUGUGGAAUACAUGGAAGGGUCCGGAAUUUGUGACAGAUAUUGGUGCUUAGGGACAGGUCUUUCCGUGUAACAAAGAUCCUCCCUUGUGUUUGGAAUACAACCCACAGCUCUUUUCUUUCCUCAUUACGUCUUUGUAGAAGCAGAUACUAUGAGCCUAGUUUAUUAGCUGUCAGGUGUGUACCGAUAGUUUACCUAUUUGGAUGUGUAUACA